UCUAUUCUAGGGAGGCAGGAACCAUUUAUUAAGGAGAAGGAGAGAAAGAAAGAAAAUAUAUUAUCCAAUAGGCAAAUAUAGGAGUAUUAUGUGAUUGUGAUUUAUGUCAUUGUCUGACAUCUCACAUUAAUACACCGAAAAAUGUCGGCGAUGUUAACUGCCGAUUGGUUUCCUCUGGGACGAGACGUAUACUUUCGCAAAUUUGAGCUGUAUCCGAUAUCCUUCCAACAUGAGAUUUCCAGCAACAACUUGAUUGUUGCAGCUCCAUAUGGAGGCUCCAUUGCUGUAACGAGAAACCCCAAGAAACUUGUCAAGAUUCAAGGGGCUAGCAAACCUUUAAUAUUGCUGUAUACAUCAUCAGGGAAAUUGACAGCCAAAUUGCAAUGGAGCAGUGGCCAACUGAUAUCGUUUGGCUGGUCUCAGCAAGAAGAAUUGUUGUGCGUGCAAGAUGAUGGUAUGGUUCUCAUAUAUGACAUGUUUGGAACUUAUCAGCAUACCUUUAGCAUGGGAAAUGUAGCCAAGGAUACCAAAGUUGUCGACGCAAAGUUUUUCACAACAUCUAAUAGCACUGGGAUAGCUGUUUUAACGUCCACCAAUCGUAUAUUUCUAGUAAACAACGUGUCUGAGCCUAAAGUCCGACCAAUUACUGAUGUACCAAGAUAUCCAAUUGAUUGCUGGUACAUGGUACAUUGCGAAAGGGAGACACAAGCGAUUUUGUCAAAUAGAGAAGGAAUAUUUGUAAUUCAUCAGUCUCAUCAGAACACUUUUUCAUUUAGCAGUCUAUUCAACAAUAAGAUCAAUAGUGUGAUAGCGAUAGCUGCGUCCAGCAACAAUCGCCAUAUUGCGCUUUAUUCCGAUACUGGACACUUGUAUAUCGGUUCAAUAGAUUUCAGAGAGAAAUAUUGUGAAUGCUAUACAAAUGUGAAGGAAUCUCUAACGAAUAUAGCUUGGUGUGGUACAGAAGCCGUGGUAUGCAGCUGGCACAGUACGAUAAUGGUAGUAGGACGUAUGGCUGAUACUAUAGUAUACAAUUAUGAUGGUUCAAUACAUUUAGUUACGGAAAUCGACGGAGUACGCGUGUUAUCGAACAGUUCCCAUGAAAUGAUUCAGAAAGUACCAAAUGUCGUGCAAAGAAUAUUUAGAAUCAACUCGACGGAUCCUGCAUCCUAUCUCUUAGAAGCCUCUAAACAGUUUCAAAAGAAGAGUCACAAAGCUGAUAGUUAUAUAGACUUGGUGAAAGAUAAACUGGAUUCGGCAAUAAAGGCAUGCAUCGAUGGUGCGAGUCAUGAAUUCGAUUUCGAAACACAAAAAAUUCUGAUGAGGGCUGCCAAAUUUGGAAAAGGAUUUAGCAAAACGAUAGAUUCGGAGUAUUAUGUUCAAAUGUGUAGGAUUUUGAGAGUCUUGAAUGCAGUGAGGCAUCCUGUUGUGGGCAUUCCGUUAACGUAUGCGCAAUUUAAUAUUCUCACGAAUCAAGUGUUGCUAGACCGACUAGUAGCACGAAGACAUUAUUAUUUGAGCAUACAAAUAGCGCGUCACUUGCAGUUACCCGAGAUAGAUGGGGAAAGUAGAAUAUUAGCACAUUGGGCUUGUUACAAAGUGAAACAAACGCAGUUAGAUAAGGAACAAAUAGCAGAGGAAAUUGCUGAUAAAUUAGGAUACGCACCUGGUGUUUCGUAUAGCGAAAUUGCAAAAAGAGCAGCGGAUUGCGGACGAAAACAAUUGGCGAUUAAAUUAAUCGAUUAUGAACCACGAGCGCAUCAACAAGUACCUUUAUUAUUGACACUUGGCGAGGAACGUGCUGCCCUGCAUAAAGCCGUAGAAAGCGGUAAUACGGAUCUAGUCUAUACUGUCAUUCUUCAUCUCAGAGAAAAUAUGACACUUGGCGACUUUCAAAUGUCUAUAAUGCAUUGUCCUCUAGCAAUGGCAUUAUAUAUCAAAUAUUGUCAGAACCACAAUAGAGAGACAUUGCGUGAUAUUUAUAAUCAAUACGACGAUUUUCAUUCGCAAGCAGUGUGGUUUAUCACUGAGAGUUACCAACGAAAAAAUACAAUGUCGAGAGACGCAUUACUGCAAUCGGCUCAAGAAAAUUUUAGAUCGGCUCGUAAUGAUACUAACGCGUCGUUAACAGAAGAACAGAUAAAACUCUUGAAAUAUCAGAGAUCUUUAGAGGAUACGCUACACGAAUCAGUCGUGGGAAAGCCUUUGCAUGAUACCAUGAGAAUAUUAUUAUUGCGUAAUGAGUUAAAAUUGGCGGACAAGUUACGAUCGGAGUAUAAAAUACCAGAUCGGAGAUAUUGGUGGCUAAGAAUACAAUGUUUAGCAGAACAAGGUUUAUGGAAUGAUUUGGAAAAGUUUUCUAAAAGUAAAAAGUCUCCUAUUGGCUAUGAGCCGUUUAUAGAUGAAUGCCUAAAGUACAACGAAAAAUUAGAAGCGAGAAAAUAUUUAACCAAAGUUAAAGAUGAUCUCAAAGUCAAGUAUUUAGUGAAGUUAAAUUUGCUUAGCGAAGCAGCACAAACAGCGUAUGAACAAAAAGAUGCUUCGGCUCUCACAUUUGUGCUGGCACAAUGCGGAUCAUCAGACAGACAAUUCGUAGAUAAAAUCAAUAUGUUACUAGCUAGUCUUAAAAAUUAA